AUGCGUGAAUUGACAGAGGAAGAAGCCAAAGUGCUUUUCUCUAAGCUUGCCAACUACACUGGUCGAUCCUUGAACAACCUGAUUGCGCCUCCCGAGGGCGAUCAGACUGAGCGCCACGUUUUCCGCCUUCAGGGCUCUCGCGUGUAUUACCUCCCUCUGCGAUUGGCCAACUAUGCCACGAGCAUUCCCCGCGCAAACCUGCUGUCAGCGGGUACCAUUAUUCGUACUAACUACGAGCAGGGUAAAUUCACGAAGACGAUGAAGUUCAGGCUCCACAUUACGGCGCUCUCGGUCAUUGCGCCUCACAGUCGGUACAAGGUCUGGAUCAAGGCGAACGGAGAGAUGCCGUUCUUGUACGGUGGAAACGUUCUGAAGGCCCACGCCGCUCGCUGGAGCGAGGACUGCCCCGAGCACAGCGGUGUCGUUGUUUACAGCAUGAACGAUGAGCCUCUCGGCUUUGGUGUCACUGCGCGCUCUACUGCUGAGGCCAAGAAGCUCGAGCCCACCGGUAUCGUAGUCUUCCGCCAGGCCGAUGCUGGUGAGUAUCUGAGAGAGGAGGAUUCCCUGUUCACCGCUUAA